CAUCAUCAAUCACGCGCUACGUGCGUUCGCCUCUGUUCUACCCAGAGUCUACCGUACCAAAGUUCCACUCCUACACGAGGCCCGCUUUUCUGCCUGCCUGCUGGGAAUUCAGUGGCUCCCAUCAGGCUACCAAGAGGUCAGCAAGUCAAGAAACAAGAUUCACGUUCGGAGCGCAUGAAGGAUGAGCGAAGAGGCGUCCGCACAUUCGACAGACGGAGCAGCAGCAGCGACCGCCGCCGCCAGUACGCCAGGCAUCGUCCCUAGCGUCUUGAACAACCCAGACAUUCUCGGCUGCCUGAUCUCGUUCGUACCCGACGAGUCGUUUCUUUUCUUCGGGCCGGUGUGCCGAGGCUGGAGGGCGGCGUGGGGGAAGCGCCCGACCACAACCAGGAUCGCAACGGUCGACUUAACCCCGACCCAGCUCCAGCACGGCUUCGACUGCGGCCUGAAGCGAACCAACCCCGAGCUGUGCGCCGCCAUCGCGCGCCUCGGAAACGUGGACCUCCUCGAGCUCGCGAGGGACAACGGCUGCCGCUGGGGUGCGGCCACAUGCAACGCGGCCGCCGCGUCCGGGAGCCUCGAGGUUCUCCAGUGGGCCAAGUACAACGGCUGCCCCUGGCACGAGCACAAGGUCAUAUCGCUGGCCGCCGAGGGCGGUCACCUGGGCGUAAUCAAGUGGGCGCGGAUGUUCGGCUGCGCUAUGGAUCGGAGCGCCGGUUGGUCGGCGGCGGCGGCGGGGCGGCUCGACGUCCUGCGGUGGCUGGUGGAGGACGGGGCGCCGCUGGACCAGCACACUUGCGCCGCCGCCGCCGAGAAGGGUCGGAUGGACAUCCUCGAGUGGCUGAGGGACAGGGACACGCCGUGGGGGGAGAGCACGUGCGUGGCCGCGGCUCGGGGGAAGCAGCUGCCGGUCUUGCGGUGGGCGAGAGAGCGCGGGUGCGCGUGGGACGACAUGACCUGCUUCAUGUCUGCGUGGAACGGCGACCUGGAGACCCUCGUCUGGUCGGUCGAGAACGGCUGCGAUAUCAACGGCUCUUAUUGUCUCGAGACCGCUCUGUCUUCCGGGCACACCCACGUCGCCGAGUGGCUGCAAGCGAACGGCCAUGCUCCUAGCUAGCUCUUUUUGAGAGAGAGGGGUGCCGCGGGAGGAAGGCGAGUGUUGGGGGUAGAUGGCCUUUUGUGCGACAGGGUUUAGGGGCCAGGAGUCGCGCUGCGGGACACGAAAACGCCGGGUCCUCGGAAGUAGAAAGUGAACGGGAAAUGCUAUUUCCAUUUUGCGAUGGGGGGCCCUCAAAAAACGCCGGUGUGUGCGUGGCGCAUCGACCGGCGCCAUUCAGUGUGCAGAAACGACUUGGGUUAUUCGGUCUGUGCCCAGCAAUUUCACCGGCGCUAUUCAGGGCCACCGACGCUAACCGGCGUUGGUGACGCCCCCCCCCCCAAGGUACCUUGCGGCGUGUGGGAAGGAGUCAGAAAUUUUACCCCCUGCGUGAUGACCUCGUUCGGUAAGGGGAGACAUGCAUCAAUGAACGCCCAAAGACGGGAUCAUGUGCUGAAGAAGCACCGGUGGCGAUUUCGCCAGAUAGCAACUGGUUCGUGACGUGUGGCCCAUGCGCAACAGUUUGUGCAAUAUUUCCCCAGCACCAAGGUUUACUUUUCUCGGGGUAGGGGUGGUUGUUCCAACAUUCGAAAGCACCGAUAAAGCUCUGUCUCCAGACACCGGUCGCUGUUGAUCUUUGUUUUUUUUCCUUUGUUGUCCCGUUAUUUUUAAUCCCUUUGGGUUUGGGCUGGACUGUCAGAUUUUUUUCGCCAUGAAAAAAAAUUGAGAGCGAGCGCGAGCGUGAGAGAGAAGUGCAGAGAAAGACAAUAGUGUACUUCUGCACACGCAACAGCUAUCUCCACCUGUAGGCCAUGAGGGAAGCCGGCGACAGGGCGGUGGCCACAGACAGGGUCGUAGAAGGGUUGAUGGGUGGUCGCGCUGCGGUCAGUAGGGCAGGUUAGCUGGGUAGACUUUGAAAUUAUCAGUCGUCCAGCUGCCUCAAUUUGUAUAUUUUCGGUAUAUUGUAAUGAUCAGUCCAGAGAGGGUGAAAUGAUCAGUGAGGACCCAUAACUGUUAUUUGUGGUACUUGUGUACUUCUCUGUUCUCUGCCCCCCUCCCGAAAUGUGCCCUGCCAGCUCUCUAGAGCUCCUGCGAUUUUCAAACAACAUGCACACCCACUAGCACACACCUGUACCUCGUGGUUUCCUAGGUUCGGGCGAGGGUAUGUGUGGCGCUACGAGCGUGGAUGCGUUGCUGAUUUGUUUUACUCGUCUACAGCACUACUGUAGUAGUAUGGUGUUGUAGCGUUGUAGCUGCUGACACGAUGACUGCUGGAUCUUGGGAAAUAUUUUCAAAGUGCUGGGAGAUUCAGCAUACCACACGAUUUCCUCGAUAUCUCGACUUCCGCAGGGCUUGCAAUACCCCUUCCU